ACUCUAAUACAUUUUAGAGACAAAAGCAUCCACCUAUAACAAUACUAUAAUCAUGACCAAACGACGUAUUUGUUACAUAGUUUCUGGAAUCAUUUCCAUCCUUUUUAUCACCUUUAUGACCAUUUUGAUCCUUUCCCAGACCGUGUUCAAACCAAAACAUCCUGUAUUACAAACCUUGUCUACGACUGUUGAAGGUGUAUCCACACAUAUAUCACCACCACUUGACGUCCAGAUCAAUUUCACACUUACACUCCAAAUGCUGUUGAAGAAUCCUAAUCUUGCCGAUUUCGAAUACAAGACAGUAGAAAACUUGGUUUAUUAUAGGGAUAUUCUGGUGGGAAAUCUCACUCUUCCUUCGAGCACACUUCCCGCCAAAGGCUCAGCGAUUUUGCCAUGUCCUCUUGUUCUUCAGAUCGAUAAAUUUGUUGCCAAUUUAGGUGAUAUUUUGCAAGAUAUAUUGCAAAGAAAAAUUGUGAUAGAAACAAAGGCAAAUAUGCCAGGGAAAAUUACAGUGUUGGGAAUCUUUAAGGCACACUUGAACACAACAUCACAUUGCAAACUCGUACUUAGCGUUCCUUCAAUGGAAGUGGUGGAUCAAGUGUGUGAUCUUGAAGCUAAACUAUAAACCUUGAUGUUUUGUCAGGCAAACUUAGGCUUAAUAAG